UGAGAGAUUCUCUCUGCUGCUUGGGAACCCGCUCAGGGCUUGAAGCUCCGAGAGAUCGCGUCCCCUCGAAUUCCCAGAACCCGGAGUCUGAGGGCUGAGGCCAGAGCAAGCCGUUGGCAGAGGCAACAGCAUGUUGUGAAAUGUGCACGCAGGAGGCGUUCCAGGCGCAGAGGAGCCAGCUGGUGGGGCUGCUGGUCUCGGGGUCCCUGGAGGGCUUUGAGAGUGUCCUGGACUGGCUGCUUUCCUGGGAAGUCCUCUCCCGGGAAGACUACGAGACCCUCAGCCUCCUGGGCCAGCCCCUCUCCCACUUGGCCAGGCACCUUCUGGACACUGUCUGGAAGAAGGGUGCCUGGGGCUGUGAACAGCUCAUCGCGGCUGUCCAGGAGGCCCAGGCUGACAGCCAGUCCCCUGAGCUUCCUUGUGGCUGGGACCCCCACUCAGCCCACCCAGCCCGUGACUUGCAGAGUCACCGGCCAGCCAUUGUCAGGAGACUCUACAGCCAUGUGGAGGGCGUGCUGGACCUGGCGCAUGAGCGGGGCUUUGUCAGCCGGUACGAAUGUGAUGAAAUCAGGUUGCCCAUCUUCACGUCAUCCCAGCGGGCAAGAAGGCUCCUCGAUCUUGCCACAGUGAAGGCGAAUGGAUUGGCUGCCUUCCUUCUACAACAUGUUCAAGAAUUACCAGUCCAGUUAGCCCUGCCUUUCGAAGAUGCCGCCUGUAAGAAGUACAUGUCCAAGCUGAGGACCACGGUGUCUGCUCAGGCCCGUUUUCUCAACACCUACGACGGGGCAGAAAAUCUUUGCCUGGAGGAAAUAUACACAGAGAACGUUCUGGAGAUCCGGACGGAGGUGGGCAUGGCUGGAGCCCCGCAGAAGAGCCCUGCCACCCUGGGCCUUGAGGACCUCUUCAGCACCCCCGGCCACCUCAACAAGGAUGCGGACACCGUGCUGGUAGUGGGCGAGGCGGGCAGCGGCAAGAGCACGCUCCUGCAGCGGCUGCACCUGCUGUGGGCCACGGGGCGGGACUUCCAGGAGUUUCUCUUCGUCUUCCCGUUCAGCUGCCGGCAGCUGCAGUGCGUGGCGAAGCCGCUCUCCGUGCGCGCGCUGCUCUUCGAGCACUGCUGUUGGCCGGACCUUGGCCAGCAGGACGUCUUCCAGUUCCUCCUUGACCACCCCGACCGCGUCCUCCUCACCUUCGACGGCUUUGACGAGUUCAGGUUCAGGUUCACGGAUCGCGAGCGUCACUGCUCUCCCACCGACCCCGUGUCUGUCCAGAGUCUGCUCUUCAACCUUCUGCAGGGCAACCUGCUGAAGAACGCCCGCAAGGUGCUGACCAGCCGUCCGGACGCGGUGUCGGCGUUCCUCAGGAAGUACGUGCGCACGGAACUCAGCCUCAAGGGCUUCUCGGAAGAGGGCAUCGAGCUGUACCUGAGGAAGUGCCAUCGCGAGCCCGGGGUGGCCGACCGCCUCAUCUGCCUGCUUAAAGCGACCUCAGCCCUGCACGGUUUGUGCCACCUUCCUGUCGUUUCGUGGAUGGUGUCCAAGUGCCACCAGGAGCUGUUGCUGCAGGGCAGGGGGUCCCCGAAGACCACCACAGAUAUGUACCUGCUGAUCCUGCAGCAUUUCCUGCUGCAUGCCUCCCCAGCAGACUCAGCCCCCCACGAUCCGGGACCUGGCCUGCUUCGAGGCAGGCUCCCCACUGUCCUGCACCUCGGCCAGCUGGCCCUCUGGGGCCUGGGCACGUGCUGCUACGUGUUCUCCGCCAAGCAGCUCCAGGCAGCACACGUCGACAGUGAGGACGUUUCUCUCGGCUUCCUGGUGCGGGCCAAAAGGGUUGUGCCAGGCAGCGUGGCCCCCCUGGAAUUCCUGCACAUCACUUUCCAGUGCUUUUUUGCUGCGUUCUACCUCGUACUCAGUGCUGACACGCCGCCGUCCUCGCUCAGAUACCUCUUCAAUUGUCGCAGGCCAGGCAGCUCGCUGCUGGCCAGGCUGCUGCCUGCCAUGUGCGUGCAGGGCUCGCGGUGCAGGGAGGGCAGCGUGGAAGCUUUGCUGCAGGGGGCCGAGCCUCACAACCUCCAGAUCACAGCGGCCUUCCUGGCAGGACUGUUGUCCCGGGAGCACCGGGGCCUGCUGGCCGAGUGCCAGGGGUCUGAGAAGGCCCUGCUCCGGCGCCAGGCCUGUGCCCGGUGGUGUCUGGCCCGCAGCCUCCACAAGCAUUUCCACUCCAUCCCGCCAGCUGUGCCGGGCGAGGCCAAGAGCAUGCACGCCAUGCCCGAGUUCGUCUGGCUCAUCCGGAGCCUGUACGAGAUGCAGGAGGAGCGGCUGGCGAAGGAGGCUGUGCGUGGGCUGGACGUCGGGCACCUUAAGCUCACGUUUUGCAGCGUGGGCCCGGCCGAGUGUGCCGCCCUGGCCUUCGUGCUGCGGCACCUCCGGCGGCCUGUGGCCUUGCAGCUGGACCACAACUCUGUGGGUGACAUUGGCGUGGAGCAGCUGCUGCCUUGCCUCGGCAGCUGCACGGCUCUGUACUUACGAGAUAAUAAUAUCUCAGACCGAGGCAUCUGCAAGCUCAUCGAACAUGCCCUUCACUGUGAGCAGCUGCAGAAGUUAGCUCUAUUCAACAACAAAUUGACGGAUGGCUGUGCACACUCCAUGGCCAGGCUCCUUGCGUGCAAGCAGAACUUCUUGGCAUUGAGGCUGGGGAAUAACCACAUCACUGCCGCGGGCGCCGUGGUGCUGGCUGAGGGUCUCCGAGCCAACACUUCCCUGCAGUUCCUGGGGUUCUGGGGCAACAAGGUGGGCGACAAGGGGGCCCAGGCCUUGGCUGAAGCCUUGGGUAGUCACCCCAGCUUGAAGUGGCUCAGCCUGGUGGGGAACAACAUUGGCAGUGUGGGUGCUCAAGCCUUGGCGUUGAUGCUGGAAAAGAACGUGGCCCUGGAAGAACUCUGUCUGGAGGAGAACCAUCUCCAGGAUGAAGGUGUGUGUUCUCUCGCCGAAGGACUUAAGAGAAAUUCGAGUCUGAAAGUCCUGAAGCUGUCCAACAACUGUAUCACCUACCUUGGGGCAGAAGCCCUCCUGCACACCCUUGAAAGGAAUGACAUCAUCCUGGAAGUCUGGCUCCGAGGAAACACUUUCUCUCCAGAGGAAAUUGAGAAGCUCAGCCACAGGGACACCAGACUGCUGCUUUGAUGUCUCCCGGCCAACGUUCGUCUCAGUUUGUUUGUGAGCAGGCCUUGGCUUUGGAGCCCAGCGGCUGGGUUACAGCCAGCAGCAGCCGGUUCUGGCAGAGGAAGGAGCAUCGCUGCCCUUCAGAAUAGACUUUUCCAAAGCCUACUAUUGCCAUCAAGUUCUUCCCAAGAUUAAAUCCAUGGGAAGUUGAGAGGGGGAGCCGC